AUGGCUCCGGCACCACCAAGGGGUCAGAACCCCAAUCAGCGCACAGCCGCUGAGGAGGAUUGUUCAGCUCGUGCAGAAACCGAGGUUCGUUUGGCAUCGCAUUGGGCUACCUGGCUUGAGGUGACCAAAACAUGCAGCGGCAGUGGAUCGCAACCUUCCAUGCUGGCGGUGGAUGCUUUGCAUCCUGCAUCCUCUUCUGCACGACCAUCGGAGGCAGCUCGCGACAGGACUUCGACAUUUUCUGUGACACGGGCCCCUGGCCCUGUCCAGCGUGUUCGACGAUUCUCGCCGGGAGAUGACGAGGCCAGACUGCACGACGGCCUCGAGAACUCUUCCACUAUUCACUCGUGGCUUUGCCCGCGACCCCUUGAGGUGUUGCCGUCCAAGACUUCGACGUCCGGAUUCAGGCGACAUUCAGCGCCACAUGUCGUGUCGGCACGGCGCUCUAUUUUGUCGAAACCUGCUUCGCGACGCCAGUCAGUCGCAUUAGGCGGCAGAGAUCCUUGCUCGCGCCGAGUCUCGUUCUGUGACACCCCCGAAGUCCAAGAUCUCACUCCGUCUCAUCAGGCUGAGGAUGUGGUGCAAGCCCCGACAAAACAAAGGACCCAGCAGAUGGGCGUGACGCCAUCAGAUGAAGCUUUCGCAGCUUUCAGAGUGAAGAACGUUCUUGACCAGGCCGAACCACUCGUGCCACAAGGUUCACUCCGAGCACAUGUUCCAAAAGAGCCGAGGUACCAUGCGCCUGGCCACCACCACCACAGCGUUGUGGCUGUCCGGCCUGCGGCCAUCGAUGCUGAAAUGCCGCCGUAUUCAGAUCCUGAUGGGUUGGCAGUGCUUCGAACACGGUUGGGCGAGGCGCAAGGCCAAGGGAUGCAGAGCCGAGUCUUGCGGAAAGCUCCUCACAUCAAGAUCCGCAUCCGUCGGGCUUUCAACCGGGGACUCGUUCACCAUCAUCACCAUCUCCACCACAAUGGGCCGGUGGUGAUUUCUGAUGCAGGGCAAGUUGCACCGCCAAUUGUGGUGCACAUUAGAGCCCCCGAAAUACUUCCAGCAACUGGUGCCAGCGCUCUUCCGACUCCAUCUCCGGUGGAGCCUCCCAGUACUCCCCUGACUUCCGCUGCACUGCAGCGGCACGAGGCGCUUAUGCAACAGCAGCCAGUUGACCAUUCUUCGACUGAUGCCAUGGCGCAAGCCGGAAUUCCCGCCAGCUUAUCCCUCGGCAUGAGCAUGCACCAGGGUGCAAUCUUUGGUGUCGUGUCCACUAUUGCCGUUGAGGCGAUGCAGAUCACACUGGCCGAGAAACGAGGCAAUGCAGCGGAUCAAACCGCAAGCAUAGCUUCUGCAGCUGUCCGUGGUGCCGUUGUGGGCGCAGCAGGAGGUGGCAUGGCACUGAUGCUGGGCCCCACAGCGCCUACAGCGAUAUUCGUGGGCUAUAGCUUGAUUCGUGAAUGGCUGGCGCAGGGUUAUUCCUGGGUGCACAGCGAGAUCACGGGGCCUGUGGCCUUGAACCGCGCCGUGGAAGUCUCUGGCAGUGCUGCCGGAGGGGUGGCGGGCGCAAUGACCGCUGCCACACUUCUCAGUGGCUGUGGCGGUGUGGUCGUGGCAGCUGCAGCUGGCUGUAGCGGAUUUGCUGGCAGCUUGGGUGGUCGUGAGGUGGCGGCCUUGUGUUUCCAGUCUUUGUCUUCAGAGAAGGCGCCGAAGCGAAGGACCAGCCGCUGCAGCAGCGGCGGUAGCUCAACAAGACGCAGAAACUCGAGAGAUCACACAUCCUUCGAGCCCGAGCUUCUGGAGGCGUAUUCCCUUCUUGGUUUGGACCCGCGCUGCACCAACACCGAGCUGAAGCAUGCCUUUCGCCGUGCUGUCGCUCUGCACAGUGCAGAGGUCUUGCCCGGAGUACUGCGGGCCAUGGAACUCAUUCGAUCCACUCGGCAGAUGCCUUUGCUGGAUGUGAGAAAUUUGGAUGGAGGGGAGAACCUGCGCAUCUGCAGACGUCCGCUUGAAAGUCUGCCACUUCAGUCUCACUCGCAGCUUGCCAGCUUCAUUGGUGGCAUGGCAGCUCAACCCACAACCAGUGUGGCAUUCUGA